CCAACAAGCCCAAACAACCAACUCAACAUGAAGUUCCUCAUCUGCUUGACUUUGUGCAUUGCCGCCGCCCAGGCUGGAUUCAUCGCAUCUCCAGUGGCCACCUAUGCCGCCACCUACUCCGCAGCUGCUCCCUUGGCCUACUCCGCUCCGGUGGCCACCUACUCCGCUCCAGCCUACUCCACCUAUGCCGCUGCCGCCGUUCCCGCCUACACCGCCUACUCCGCCUUAAGUGCUCGUGCUUACACCGCUCCUGUGACCACAUAUGCCGCCGGAACCGCCUAUGCUGCUCCCAUUACCACCUACGCAGCUCCCGCUGUCGUCAGCUCUUUCUUGAAGAAGAAGUAAACAGGAC